GUUUGGAUGUUUGGCGGGCUAAAGCUAAACCGCUAACAAACUCGGACGGGGGUGCAAGGAAAAACUGUAUUCCGUGAGUAGUUCCUCAGGUAGGGAGAAGCUGAUUGCGUUAGAGUGAUGAUGGACGAGUCCAAAGACAGGCUGUACUCAGGAGCGCUGUCUCAGGCAGCCAAGAAGGUUCUGGCUGUUCUGUACGCUCAGAGCAGCCAGCGAUAUCCCAGGCAGAGGCAGUCAGCAGUGAGGAUUUGUGAGAGCCAGACUUGGCUUCAGAGCAGCAUGAACAUGACACAAGAAGAGAGAGAAGGCAGAGACACGCAGAGAGAAACCAGGCCAUGGCUCCAGCCCCAGGUGUCUUUGUCCUCCCCUCAUGACCACCUGCUGUCUCAGACCUCGUCCUGCUGUCAGCACAUGGAGACAUCAGAAACCUGCCCGUCAGAGCAGGCCUCCUCCUCCUCUUCCUCCUCCUGCUGGGGGUCAUCACUCCACAGGCACUGGCUUCAGAACCCUGCCUUUGGUCACAGGCCACAGGUUUAUUCCCACACACAGUUGUCCACAGGUCCAAUUCACCAGUCCAGCCCGUCUCCUAUCUUCAUGCAGGACGAGGUUUCGAAGAGGGUGAGGGAUUCCUCUCACAGAGAUGACUUCACCCUGACUCUCCAAACACCAGCCAGGUUUUUUAAACAUCAGUUUGAGGACACAGAGGACACGAGACCUUCCUUCGUCAACAGUGUUUCCACAGAUGACGAGAGUCCUGAUGUGGUUCUGGUCCCCACAGUGGAACACUCCAGUGUCCUUCAUACAGAACCAGCCUCUGAAUGCCAACAGGUCUCAUUCUGCUGUAGAACAAGUGUGGGUUCUACUGCCAACAGUCAAGGCACCGUCACAGAGAUGAAAGAAAAUACUGCAGCUGCAGACUGUUAUCCACAAUGUAAACCACCUGCAGAAGAGUCCAGACUGGAGAGACGUGGACAUGUUCACAGAGACACUGACCUGAUGGUGAAGGCAGUUAAAAUCCACCAAGAUGGAAAUGAAGAUGAGAAGGAAUUGAAGAAGCAAAUGGAGCUCAAACAGACCAAUAAAAUGAGACGAUCUCUAGUGUUGUGGACAUCAGAAGACAAAGACUUGUCUCCUGGUUGUAUACCUGAAGGACAUGAGGAUAAGGAAAAGCCAGUGAGUGACUACAAUAGCAGCGUGAAACAUAUCUCAGUGUCUUCAGAAAGAGAAACCAGCGAGGUCCUGAGUCAGAGCCUGGAUGAAAGAGCUGAGGAACCUCACAGUGUGAGAACAGUGGAGCUGACGAGAGAUGAGCAGGUCACUGCUGAAGUCAAGGCUGACUUUGAGAUUAGAAUUAAGGACAAAUGGACAACAGUCAGUCUCACCAACACCACAGAUGAGAAGGAGUCAGACCUUUCCAGGGCCCAACAAAGACAUGGACAGGGUCAGAUGAGUGGUGAGGAAAUCAAGGAGACGUCUAUUAAAGAUAGUGAGUCUAUGAUUCCACAUAUGGACAGAGGAGCAGAGAACACCUUCACAGGGGAUGCUGGGAAAAGUCUGACACAAGGGUUGUCCCCGGAAUGUCUCCAUCAGAACUCUGAUAACAUACAGAACAAGUCACUGACAAAAACCUUCCUGACAGCCCAGGACUCUAAGGAAAGAAAGUUGAGCCUUUUUUCUCCUCACCAAACUCCUCUACAUUCUUGUCCUCUGAUUCAUUCGUCCUCUCUGAAGAGGACACACUCAGACCCUCAGCUCCAGGACCACGAUGCUCCUCCUAACACCAACCCAAGCAGAUGUGGGUCAAAAUGGAAGCAGAAAAGAGUCGGUGAGCGUCGGAGCUUUGAAGCAGCAGAAGACACUGAGUCACCAUCCAAAGCUGGCUCCCUGAAAUACCUGACCUCUGACCCAAGAGUGAAGGACUCUGGGAAGCUCAACACAGAGGAGAAGCAGCAGAUGCUCAAGAGGGUUUCACAGUCUGAGACAGUGCUGCUCACCUUGGUGUUUCAGGAUGGCAGAACUCAGUUAGAGCCAGAACAGAAAGUCACUGCUCCAGUGUGUGGCCUCAUGAUGCUGAUCAUCUGGAAGGUUCUCACCCCCAGUGAGAGAUCAACAGACUCCCUUGGACCAAACGACAGCCUGGUUUACUUAAAACUACACAAACAAAAACCUGCCUGGGUCCAACACUCCAGCCAUCUGAGCCCGGAGCUCUUUACCAGAGAUGUGCUGCUGCAAGUGCUGUCAAGACCUGGGCUGGUGGUUUGUUACAAGGCCAAGGAUUUUCUUCGAACAGUUCUGCAGUUUUAUGAAGACGAACUUACUUGGAAACAAGUGGCGGGCUGUCACAUCCAGGACCCACAGGUGUCAGGGUGGCUGCUGGAUCCUGCUGAUCCCUCUUCCUGCUUCCAUGAUCUUCUCAAUAAACACUGUAAAAAAUACACUCCAUCAUCUACACCGGGAGCAAGGCCAGGGUCUCGGUUCAUCUCAGCUCUCUGCUCCCUCUACUGGCUGAAUCUUGAGCUGCGCUCUAAACUACAGAGUCACGGCCUGUGGGAGCUGUACUCACACAUGGAGCUGAACAUGAUCCCUGUUCUGGCAGCCAUGGAAAGUCAACACAUCCAUGUAGAUAAAGCUGCGCUGAGGGGAACUUCAGACCUGCUGGGUUCCAAGAUGAAGCAGUUGGAGCAGGAGGCUCACAGAGCAGCAGGACAAACGUUCCUCAUCACCAGCAACACACAGCUGAGAACAGUUCUGUUUGAGAAGCUGCGCCUCGACCUGCUCUGUGAGAACAAGAAACUCCCCAAGACCAUCAACAAGCAGCAGUCAACCUCUGAGGCUGUGUUGCUGCAGCUUCAGGACCUCCAUCCUCUACCAAAGAUCAUACUGGAGUACAGGCAGAUUCACAAGAUUAAGUCAACAUUUGUUGAUGGAAUUCUUUCGUGUAUGGAGAGAAAGAACCACAUCUCCUCCACGUGGUACCAGACCAGUGUGGUGACUGGGAGAAUCUCUGCCAAACACCCAAACUUCCAGGCCCUGCCCAGACAGCCUCUCCACAUCACAAAGAAGCAGCACAUCCAUGGAAAGGUGGAGGAGGUGGUGACCGUUCAUCCUCGAGCCAUGUUCAUCCCACAGAAAGGCUGGACCUUCCUGGCUGCAGACUUCUGCCAGGUGGAGCUGCGUCUUCUGGCCCAUCUGUCCUCUGACCCUGAGCUGCUGCGGAUUUUCACAGAGCCUCAGGCCGACGUCUUCACCCUGCUGGCGUCUCAGUGGAAAGGCCUGAGUGAAUGUGACGUGACCCCUGAGGACCGAGAACAAGCCAAACGUAUGGUCUACUCUGUGGUGUACGGGGCAGGUCGUGAACGACUGUCAGGGAUCCUGGGCGUUAGCUCUGACCAGGCCAGACAGUUCCAGGACCGGUUCCUCCAGACCUACAGAGAAGUCCAGGCCUUCAUCCAGAAGACCAUUCAGAUUUGCCACAAACAAGGUUAUGUGUUAUCCAUCAUGGGUCGUCGUCGGAGCCUCCCUCACAUCCGCUCUCCUGAUUGGGCGACUCGUAUGCAGGCCGAGAGACAGGCCGUCAACUUCACAGUCCAAGGUUCUGCGGCCGACCUCUGUAAGAUGGCCAUGAUCAGGAUCUUUGACCUCGUCUCCUCAUCAUCGUCUCUAACUGCCAGGCUGACGGCACAGCUCCACGACGAGCUCCUGUACGAGGUGGAGGACUCGCAGGUGGAGGAGUUCGCAGCGUUGGUGAAGAACACCAUGGAGUCUCUGCAGCAUAUCCAUCAUCUGGGCGUUCAUCUCAAGGUUCCCCUGAAGGUGGCAGUUUCCUGUGGCAAGUCAUGGGGCUCCAUGUCUGAGCUCAACUUCCCCUCCACAUCUCCCUCUCCUCCUCUUUAGGCCUCCUCCUUUUACUGCCUGUCUGUUCUCCUCUCCUCUGUGUUCACUCCUUUUCCUCCUCUCUGUUUGUCUCUGCCUCAUCUGUGUCCUUCUCUCCUCUCUCUCUCUCUCUCUCUCCCUUUCUCUCUCUCCUACUCUCUCUUCACUUGCCCUGCAUCCACAUCGCCAUGGAAACCAGGCAGCUGCAGCUCCUUUCAGCUCCAAAUUCACUUUUUUUUUUCUUGCUCCAUCCGUAUCCUGGGGCAACGGCAGGAGCCACAGACCAGUUUGUUCCAGUUCUCCCUCUUUUAAUUCUUCUCUUCUUCUUUUUUUUUUCAUGUCCUGCUCCUCCUCCUCCCCCUUCUCCUUCUCCUCCCCUACUCCUCCGUUUUCACACUGCCUGGUUGUCAAGGUGAAGCUCCCGGUUGGUGGCAGUCUUGUUGAUAUUUGUUGGUUAAUACGUUUAUUGUUUCGUGAGAGUUCAUUUUAAAUCACAUUUGAAGAAAAAAAAAAGGCUGAGCAGCUGGAGACAAAAGACAAAUGUUUCACUGUUUCUAACGUUAGAUUUCUCUCCUUGUUUCUCUCCAAUAAAAUUAGCAUUCAUUCACUCUUGGUUAUUAUUACAAAUCAACUCUGCAGACUAACUGUGGUGGACGUCACCAACUGCCUGAACUUCCUGCUCACUUCAGUUCAACCUUCGUUUUGUCUGUUCUUCUUUUUUGUCCUACUUUUCAAAUUCUUUUAUGCUUUCACAUUUUUCCAAGAUUAUUAUUAUUAUCAACUAGUCAUCCAGGUGGCGCUAAUUAACAUUCAGUCAGUUAUAGUUCAUGUGUAGUUGAUGAGAAAUUGAUUUAAAAAAUGCCGACAUCUUUUGUUUGUUUGUUUUUCCUUCCCUCCUUCAGUUUCCAGACCACUCCGCAGCGUGUCCUCACGUUAAUACUCUCACAUGGGCCGGACAUUUAGGAACAAAUAUUUCAAAAGAAAAAAAAACAUUUAUUACACAGAUGAUGGUAAAUGAAGAGGUAAGUCUGCUGACAGUAUCCACAACUGGGUGCAUUUCAUUUAAAACAUUAGUUCUACUACAGUAUGAACUGAGACAAAAGCCAAGUGUCAAACAUCUGUGGACUCCAGCAGAUGAUUCACAUCAGCAGAUCAUCUGGUUUGACUGAAGGACAGCAGUCAAGAGGUUUGAGGAAUUUAGAAAAGAUGGAAAAGAAACCAGUGAGUGGAGUUGUUCAGGAGAUUUGUUCAGGAAAACCUAAAAUGACAUGGAAAUCUGAUGGAAUAGUCACAACAAAUGAUUCUCCUGAAUACUGUUCACUCUGUUCUCACUGCAGGACUUCAAUCACUCUUUGGAAUUAUUCACACUCAGCUGAUUCAAAGCAGAUGAUCUGCUUUUUCACCCAGCUUCUUCUUCUUCCUUCUCUCUCUCUCAUGCACUCACAUUCCACAAAUGCUCUUACAUGUGCACACACACACACACGCACACACACACACACUCCCCCACAGCCACUCAGUCUCUGGAUUCCAGGCAUACUGACUGCGCUUUCUUGUCCGUCACAGUCACAGUCAGUCUCUCUUUCUCUCUCUAUCCUUUUAUCCUGUCCUUCCACGAGGACCUUUUAAAACUCACUCAAAGGUCCUGGCAGAGAUUUACGACCUUUAACACUAAGACUUACCUCCAUUAUUACUAAAUGUCACCUCAUGCCGGCCUACAAUUGAAGUAGCUGCCACUUUUUAAGGCGCUAACAGAGGAGACAUCCAGAACAUUUGUCCAUCAAUCGACUUGUGUCCUGUGGUGUGUCUGUAGUGGUGUACAAAGGCCCCACGCCCCUCUGUUUAAUACAACAAUGGUAAGAGAAGUUUUCCUGAUUUUGUGAAGGCAUCUUCAACACCUUAGAGCUGUUCUCUUUCAUUUCCCUGUUCAGGUGAUGUCAUGAGAAUUUGGUCACAACAAUGGGCCGCUCUGUGGAGCAGAGAGUGUAGCAGCACCACUUCCUCAGCUUUGGUUCCUGUUCUUGCAGCAGUUGUAGUGGGCGGUGAGUGUGAGUGGAAAAGAAACAUCUCAGCUCGUACUGCAUGGUGAGCGUAUUUCAUGAAGCACCUGGGCGUCAGUGUUUUCACCACUUCAGAUUUGAAUGUCUCAAAUGCAGCCCCGAACCAUCACAGAGCCUCCACCCUGGUCAAAGUAUUUCUGUCCUUACCUGACAUUAUAAUGUGGAUUCCACUUAAAACUGUUACUGCUUUUCCUGGGGAAAUCCCCAGGGGUAUUAUUUCCCAUCCAUCCAUCAUGGACUUAGCUCCUCCUUAGAGGCCAGAGGACUGUCCCUGAUAAACAGACCUUUUCAAUAACAUGCACAUCAACCUUGUAAAACCAACAGCUGUGACUGAAGAUUUCAGCACGUCUCUCAUUUGUCCCACUGUUUAAUCCUUUUCUUCAGUGCAGACGUCGCCUUUGAAGCCUGUUAACAGGGAAGAUUUUGUGUCUCACCAUGCAGACCAGCAGGAGCAGCUCAAAGCCGCAGCAGCUCAGACAGUGUUAGAGAAACCCCCACCUCACCUCCCCCCAGUCCCUCAUUGUUCUGUAGCAUUUUUGGGAGAAGGGGGUUGAGGAACAAGUUCCCCUUCCUGGGUUUUUUCUUCUGUGUCCUUUUAUGUACUUUCCUGGGGCGAGUGUGAGAGCGGUAUGUGCAAAUUAUGCCUACCAGGGUAAAACAGUCAGAAAGUUCUCAAACCCCAAACUGUCGACAUAAAGAUCACGUCCACAUUCACUCCAGGUCUUCAAAGGGUACUUUUCAUCCUUAGAAGUGCUGAAAAUAUAUUGUUGUGUUUUAAAGUACGGAAGCUUAAAGUACGACGAGAAACUGCUUAAAAAUUAGAGGUUUUAUCUCAAAAGGUUUAUCAGCUGAAAGAUAAGAAUGUGAAAAGACCAAUACAUUUAAAAGAUUUUGGUUCAAAGAUUACAAGUUAAUCCUGAAGUACAUUUAAUUUUCCAAAUGAUCCAGUAAGUUUAACUAACAAAAAAAAACACAACUAGCCAAAUGUUAGCACAAAACUGGAGACAUACAGAUAACUGAAAGCUAAAAGUUUCAAAAUGAGCAAAUAUUGUAUAAUAUUUGCCAAAAGAUUAAUAAAGGACGGCAGCGGUCAGCAAAAGAUUAAAGACUUAGGAUAAGUAGAUAAAACUUAUCCAAGAGUAACACAGAAAUACAGCGAGGAAAGUGAAAACAUUUACCUGAACUGAACUAGCUUUCUUAAAGUGAGGUGAAAAACCAGAGAAUAGCUAAGAAUUUAUGCACAAUUUUGUAUUAUUUUAUAUUAUCAUAUUUAGUAAAGUUAUCUAAAAUAUACCCAGAAAAGGUAACACGUUUGAAAAAUGUCUAAAAUGUAUUUCAAGUAGAAUUGACUUGAAAUGAUAGAAUAUUUCAAUUCUUUUCUGGCUCUUUGAAAACCAGAAUAAUCUUUUUCUCUCUGGUCUUCUGCAGAGAGGCGGCCAUGUUGGACCACCAUGUGUUCAAAUGAAAACUGAAGAAUGAGGUCAUAUUUGACACCAGAUAUGUAUUUAUGUCACUUCUCCACUAGAUGCUGCUAAAUACUCUGCAUUGUCUCUUUAACCACCGGUCUUUGUGAUGCAGAUUGUUUUUUGGCGAUAAAUGAUUUGAUUGGUUAAUGCUGUCACUUUUAUGACCAGGAGUCACACUCAGCCCACAGGUCCCUCUGAAGAGAACCGUUGUCAAGGGCCGCAGCAUGAGCUUCCUCCCGCUGUCGUGGCAACCGUGGGAUGUGUAAGUGUAGAGACUAAAGUCGUGCAUCUUCACCGGUGACACAGUUUAUUCUGGUCUUUGCUAUGACGUCGCAGAUUGGUUUUGCCCUUUGACCUUUGUCUUUCCCCGCUCAUAUAUGAACAUUUGUUUGAAUUUAUUGCUCGUUGCUUUGAUGCGUUCACUGCACUGCAUCCACCACAGAAAUGUGACUGCUGACACUUAUGUCACGUCACAGGCACAAACACACUUCCUGUUGUUUGUCCAGAACAACUGUUACACUUUGUACAACUGGGCCUUGACCAAGAAAGUGUGAUGCACUCACAUGUCCUUUCAUGUUGAAUCAUGACUGACUCGUGUGAGGAUCAAACCUUGGUUUUAGGCUCAUUUUAUACCAGUCCUUGUUACUAAUUAACCUCUUAA